AUGUCUGAAGCUAUUACUUCGACCCCAAAGUGGGUGGCCGAUCUCAGAAACCCUCCCCCGCCAAAGUCGAAGAGCAACAACAUCCCCGACCCUUUCGGUUUUCCAUCGUCGUCCUCGGCACUCUCAAAAAAGGACAAGGCUGCCCUGCAGACACGGCCCCAGCCCUCGCCCGAGGAAAUGGAUACACUUAAGCUCAAGAAGGCAUGGGAGGUUGCUCUUGCGCCCGUCAAGAACCUGCCCAUGACCGCCAUCAUGAUGUACAUGUCCGGCAACUCUCUGCAAAUCUUCAGCAUCAUGAUGGUCUUUAUGGCUUUCAAGGGCCCUAUCAUGGGUCUCGUGGGAACAAAUCAGGCCUUCGAGCGGUUCGAGAGCGAGACGAACCGCACCAAGAUGCUCCAGGCCAGGCUCGCAUAUAUUGCGAUGCAGUUUGUCGCGCUUGCGCUUGGCGUGUGGAAGGUCAACUCGAUGGGUCUCCUGCCAACAACGAGGUCAGACUGGUUGGCGUGGGAGUCGCCUCGAAACUACUUGGAGCAAGCUGUGGCAGCUUUGUAG